AUGUCAAGCAAUGCCGAUAAACUCAAUGACCCGCUUCAUGGAAUCUACAUUCCUAUUGGACUGCUGGUGGCGGGCUUGGCUAUAACAUGCUACACUGUCGAUGACUACAAGUUCCUCUGGAUCUUACCGUUUGCUGCUAUCGUUAUCGCCAUUAGAUUCACGGCAGCAUUCAAAAGAAGACGCUCGGUUUUCUCGGAUCGUUGGUCUUCGUUAGAAUUAGAAGAUCAAACUUUGAUCUCUAAAAACACGGCAAUGUACCGCUUCAAAAUGAAGACUUCUCUUGAGAGAUUGAAUUUCCCAGUUGGUCACCAUCUUGCUGUCAGGGCACGCAUCGAUGGUAAGGAAUACGUGAGAUAUUACACCCCGGUUUCUCCUAAGUACGAACCCGGAUAUUUCGAUAUCAUUGUGAAAUCGUAUGGGAAUGGUAAUGUUUCUAAGUACUUCGCUGGUCUCAAGCCGGGCAGCAUGGUUGACUUCAAAGGUCCCGUAGGAAGGUUCAACUACACAACAAAUUCUUACAAACAUUUGGCUUUGAUUGCUGGCGGUAGUGGUAUCACUCCAAUGUUGCAGGUGCUUAACGAAGUUAUCACUAACCCUGAGGACGCCACCGCAAUCUCUUUGAUUUACGCCAACGAAACUGAAAAUGACAUCCUUCUUAAGGACGAGCUUGACGAAAUUGCUGAAAAAUAUCCCAACUUCACUGUUAGCUACAUUUUGCGCACGCCAUCAGCAAACUGGACUGGAGAAACGGGCUAUGUCACAAAGGAGCACAUGCAGAAAUUUUUGCCUCAAUUCUCUCAUGACAGCAGGCUACUCAUCAGUGGUAAGCCGGAAAUGGUGAGAAUGCUUUUGGGUUAUGCCGAAGAUCUUGGCUGGCCUAAAGGGACCGAGAAGUCGAAAGGAGACGAUCAAGUCUUCGCUUUUUAA